GUUGUGCGAGCAGGUGUGCGGAACGCGUAUAAUUUUUUUAUGACUUUGUUCAAAUACAUACAAAUAUGUAGAACGCGCAGUCCCAGCAAAAUUCGUGUGUUUGUUGUUGUGUUAUAUAUGUAUAAAUUUUUAAAUGAAUUUUAGAGGAACUGGAGAUUUCGUGAAACUUGAAUAUGUUUUGAUUUACAUAUAUGAAGAUUGAAAGUGAAUUAACGAGUUAGAAAAGUAAAUGCCAUAAUUAAAAGCUAAUAUAAAAAUAUGAUUAUCUAUUAAAGAGACAAUUUUAAAUUUUGUUUUGUAAGAAAUAUGUAUCAAUUACAUUUGUGUUGCCCCCAAAGUGUGCAUUAAAGUUCUAAAGCCAAAAAUAACUGGCGCAUUCCAGACAUCCGUUUCAAAUUCGUUGGAUGGCGUUUACCGUUAAGUGACAAUUUAAAAAAUGCACUUCAUUCCCGCCAUAAUUGAAUUGAAGCGAAACAAUAAACUUACUCUUAUAUAAAUUGACAACGUCAAUGCGAGACGACAUGCAACAUACAACUUGACGUUGCAGCAAAGAUCGGUGAUAGGAAGGGAAGUAGCAGAAGUUUAUUGCUUUCCUUUCCUGUAGGCAAUGGAAAUCCUACCGCCACUAGGGAGAUACAACUCACGAUAUUUUAUGAAGAAAAAUAAGUGGCAUGCAGUAGCUAAUAAUACAUAACCAUAGCAAUAACAAAUAGAAUACGCAAAAGGCAAACAAAAGCAAUCUCCUACAACAUAAGGAAUAGCAGUGAUAGAAUGCGUUUUAAAAUAUAGAAGGAGGAUUUCGCUGCAUAACCAAGCAAGCCAACAAAAAACUUAAUCAACAGUCAACAACACCAAUAAAGUGCAGGCACUUUGUCUCAAGCGCGCAAACUCAGCGUCAGUGUGGCCAGUGAAGUGUAGUAAAGUGUAUUUAGUUCAGUGUUGUGAAGUGCUCGGCAAUCUGUGUGAUAUUAUUUUUAUUUAGUUUUUCGUUCAUACGCGCAUAAUAUUAUGUCAAGCGGUCGUAGUGCACGCCUGCCGCCCACACCCAACGCCGCUACCACAGCCGCCAACAAGCCACGUGGCUUACAUGCCACACUACCCGAACCCAACAGCAACAAUGUGCUACCAACAAACUCCUAUGGCCAUAUGAAGAGCAACAGCAAUAGCAAUAAUGGCGGCAUUGGCAUCGGCGGCAUGCCAAUGAUCAGCAGCGGCGGGGGUGGCGGAGGCGUUGGCGGCAUGACUGGUACAGGCUUGUCAAGCGGCAUGGGUAUCACCGGCUAUACGAAUUUUUGUAGUAUUAGUGGCGGUGUUGGUGUCGUUGGCGGGGGCGGCAAUGUUGUGGGUGGCAGUGGUGGUGGUGGUGGCAGCAUUACAACCAUCGAUGCCGCUACUGAAGGCAUACCCAGUGAAACCAUCGAUGCGUUGGGCCCUGAGUUGGCUGUGGCUACGUCACAAGUGCUCGAGAAUUUGUCAGAGGCAGAGCGAAAAAUGAUAAUCGAAGUGCUGAAUCGGGAUGAGAAUGUGCGGCAGCGCGAUGCGACGCGUAUAAUGUGAGUA